CUUCCGGAUGUUUUUUAUAGGACGCCCUGCCUGUGGCUUCGGCUUAUUUCUGCUCUCCUGAAACUUUUAAGUCGCUGCUUUUAAAUAAAAAUGAAUCGUAUUUUUGGCAGAGGGAAACCCAAGGGUCCAGCCCCGAACCUCACGGACUGCAUUGGAACCGUUGAUUCCAGGACAGAGUCCGUGGACAAGAAGAUUGCCAAACUGGAUGCCGAGCUGGUGAAGUACAAAGACCAGAUGAAAAAGAUGAGAGAUGGGCCUUCAAAGAACAUGGUCAAACAGAAAGCCAUGAGGAUUCUCAAGCAGAAGAGAAUGUACGAGGGCCAGCGAGACAACCUCAUGCAGCAAUCCUUCAACAUGGAACAAGCAAACUACACCAUCCAAACCCUCAAAGACACCAAAACCACAGUGGAUGCCAUGAAGGGCGGCCUGAAAGACAUGAAGAAAGCCUACAAGAAUGUCAAACUUGAUCAAAUCGAGAAUAUUCAAGAUCAACUGGAGGACAUGAUGGAGGACGCUAAUGACAUCCAGGAGGCGCUAGGAAGAAGCUACGGCACACCUGAAAUUGACGAGGACGACCUGGCAGCAGAGCUGGAUGCUCUCGGAGACGACUUCCUGUUGGACGACGACAGCUCCUACUUGGACGAAGCCGCCACCGCGCCGUCCAUCCCGGAGGGUUUGCCUGGAUCCAAAUCCGACAGGGACGGCAUCUUGGUGGACGAGUUUGGCCUUCCUCAGAUUCCUGCCACAUAAACGCUGCAGUCGGGACGACCACGUGGUGUAUCAUAGCUGCUUCUUCCCUACUUCUAUUUAUCCAACUGACACUCCCUGCUUUGGAAGGACGCCUCUCAAGCCAAAGAUGCAAUCAGUCAUGGAAAAUAACGAGGACUUCAGGUUUUGCUUGGUGAUUCUUCAUGAUCAAUAUAUUAUAUUCUUAUGUUAACCUGAGGUAAAAUAAAUGGUAUUUUUCAAAAGAG